AGUUCUCUGCAAGAUCUUCACACCGGAGAACAUGGACACUACAAAGGAAGACUAAGGGACAUUCUCUGCUGAUAAGUGAAGGUACAUUCUCUGCUGAUAGACGUCCACGCCUCGGAGGAAGUCGAUCCACGGAUUAGGCCUUGGAAACCGUUUCCUUUACUUCCCGUGACUGUUUACCCCUAUGUGUUAUGCUGUCACAGCAGCCUAGCCGACGGCACACGCUAGCGAUGCAAAGCAGUGUCCCCACCGGGAUCAAGCAACACAGCAGCCCAGCUGACAGCAGUCACACAGCAAGCCGCUGCCGCGAGCCGCCGCGUAGCCCACAGGCUAAGCUACCCAGCGCCCAGGCGACAGCACUCGCUCCGAGCGCCGAGUCUCCCCGCAAGAGAGGCUAAGGAGAGCGGGCCGCAGCUAGCCGACAGCCGGACCAACAGGCCGGGGACACCAGGGGAACACCGGGGACACCAGGGGAAUACCGGGGACACCAGGGGAACACCGGGGACACCAGGGGAAUAUCGGGGCUACCAGGGGAUCUAGAAGGGAGAAAUACAUCGCCCACGGAGGAUGCCGAAGCACGCUCCAAGAGACGCGCACACACACAGCACUCUCAAGCACCUGAAACUACAAAUGGAUCAGUCAUGCAUGAUUUGUCUCUUGAGAGGAAUCCCAUUGAAAUAUUAGAGACUGGAAGGAGCAUCAGUGACAUCAUUGAUGGCAAGAUUAGACAGCUGUAUUCGGUGGGCAGCGAGGAGCCUUUCUAUGUCGUAAAUCUUGACAAUAUAUUAGAGAGGCACCUGCAGUGGAUCAGUCUGUUGCCUCGGGUGAAACCCUUCUAUGCAGUGAAGUGCAACAACACAACAGCAGUUUUGAAGAUGCUAAGCGCUCUGGACACCGGAUUCGACUGUGCCAGCAAGGCUGAGAUCGAGCUGGCCCUAUCGCUUGGCGUGAAGCCCGAUGACAUCAUUUACGCCCACACAACCAAACCGCUGUCCCACAUCAGAUACGCCUGCGCUCACAGAGUGAAUCUGAUGACUUUUGAUAAUGAGGAGGAACUCUUAAAAAUCUCUCUUGUCCAUCCCCAAGCCAAGCUGGUAAUACGAAUUGCAGUGGACGACUCCAAAUCGAUGGUAAGACUCAGUCCAAAGUUUGGAGCCAGACUGCCCACAGUUAGACAGUUGCUGGGCCGUGCCAGAGAGCUGAACUUAGAGGUGGUCGGCGUCAGCUUCCACGUGGGCAGCGGCUGCACCAGAAGCUCGGCCUUCAGGCAGGCCAUCGAAGACGCUCGGCGCGUCUUUGACGUAGCGAGUGUUUUGGGGUUCCAGAUGAGACUCUUGGAUAUUGGUGGAGGAUUUUCUAAGAUUGGGGACUUCCAAGAGAAGUUUGAAGAGUUCUCGGAAGUCAUUAACGGAUCGCUGGAUGAAUUCUUCCCACCUGUCAGUGGGUUGGAGGUGAUUGCAGAGCCGGGCAGAUACUACGUGGAAUCGGCCUUCACGCUGGCAGUGAACGUCAUCGCCAAAAGAGUCGUCGUGGAGGACAGAGCCAAUAAAUGCGCAGACGGAGCAGGAAGCUGCCCCGAGAGGGUGAUGAUGUACUACAUUAACGACGGUGUGUACGGCUCCAUGAGUUGCAUCACCUUUGACCCUGCUCACAGCAAACUUGAACCGUACCCUCACAGGGCUGUUAAGAAGAGCGAACCGAGAUAUUGCUCCGUCAUCUGGGGUCCAACCUGCGACAGCAUCGACAAAAUAACCGAAAGCUACUGGAUUCCUGAGCUGUACGUGGGCGACUGGCUUCUCGUCGACAACAUGGGCGCUUACACUGUCAGCGUAACCACCGACUUCAACAGCUUUGAAAAGGCACACAUUUAUACUGUUGUGACAGCUGAGACUUGGCACAGCCUAAACCUGUCUCCUGCCUACGAUAUUGUCCAUUAAUGAGGCGAGCACUUAUACUUAACUUCACUGGCCUGUUGUGAAUAUCGUGUCUUUUGUCUGUUGCACUGUAGAAUGUUUUCCUGCUUUUAAAAUAGCCUCUGUGUUAAGUCUGUUAACUUAGCAGAAGCAAGCCAUCCACUGCAGAGCUUCUAUGAAUGUAUUGUGAGGUUAAUGAUGUCCUUGUCUCAUCAAAUUUAAGUGGGGUGAAGACCAAUCGGUUACCUAACCUUAAUUACAGUGUUAUGUGACGCCCUUUUUAAAUACGAGACAUAUGCCAGUUUAUUUUGGCCACUUAAUGACUGUAACUAGUUAAUAUGAUCUGCUGUCUGCCAAAGGAAGUGAAACUCGGAGCUAAAGUGUUAUGAAAAAACUGCAUAUAAAACUGUAUGCUGCUAUAAGAAAUUAUUUAUUGUCAGCCUCUUACAGUCUACAAAUGUUGCAAGACUAAUUGUCAUUCUUUAUUUUAGCGUGUGUGUGCAUCUCUUCCAAAAAAAAAAUGGUGGGAGGAGAAGAGGUGUUUUUAUAGAAACAACAAAAAAAUACUUUUAUUUGCUGGUGUAAAUUCUUCUUCUUCUUUUGUUUUUAACAUGCAAGUAAUAUUGGUAUAUUCCUGCUGUGUUUUGCCAUAUAGGCAGACCUUUACUGAUUAGUAGAGUUGUAGAGAGCAGCUGAAAUUACCACACCAGUCAAGCAUUCUUUGGUAGAGUUUGUUUUUUCUCCAAUGCCUCGACUUGAUUCUGAUGAUAAUUUGCAGUAAAUUUUGCAGAAAUUUUAAA